GUCAUGCUAUUUUUACUAAUGAAUGCGUAAUGUUUACGUUCCGGAUGAGAAUAUUCGCUAACUCAUCCUCGUUAUGAUGUUUUUAUUUCUUAACAUUAUAUCCAUAAACACAGGCCGCGUAAGUUCACGUGAGCAUGAACGUCCUAAUAACACAUUACCCCAGAAAAAAGAGAGAACGCAUGGCUACAGUAAAAUGUAUAGCAAAGAAUAUGAGACAUUUCCUCCAUAACGAACACGACAAAGAUCAAUGUCGUUAAGAGGUGUUCGUUGAAAGUAACAAGGAUCUUCGCUUAUGAACCUCGUCGCUCAAAUUUUACUUACAAAACUAACAAAGAAUAUUUAUCUCAUAAUGCUGCCUGCAAGAUUAAAACAUAUACAUGCAUCAUUUGAGGUUUUAUGAUGGUUAGCUUCAUGGAGUAUGACUGAGAAAUCAUAUACAUGAAGUAAAGUCUAUAUCAUAUGGAAGAACUUUGAAAAAAAAGGUUUCAGGCUAUAUUCCAGUUUUUGCAAAUGGCUCACGAGAUUCAUCAAAACAUGAUUCCUCGUGAUGAGUACAUGCUCCCUCAUACUGUGCUCAUGGACACAAGUCACAGAGGGGUUGUUGAUAGAGACCUCUCACCCUCAGCCAAUGGUUUAAUGGCUAUUACCUCACUGUCUCAGAAAAGACCCUCUUCUGCCUCAGACAUCAGGGAUACCAAAAAACACAGAACAAAGUCUCUUCACUUCACAUGUACAGUGGUCAGUUGUGGAGAGAAGUUCAGCACAAGUGAGCAGCUAGAUACACAUAUGAAAUUACAUGUUGGAGUCAAGCCCUUUACCUGUGAAGUCUGUGGCAAGGUGUGCCAGACAGAGAGCAAGUUGAAGGCCCACCAAGCAUCUCAUGCAACAGAUGGCAUCAAGCCUGUGUGUGUGAAAUAUGUGAAAGAAACUUUUCAAGUCUCUACCUCAUCAGUUACCUUUGAUGUCAGUAACUUUGAAGCAGCUACUGGUUCAAAUGAGUGUAAAGAUCUCUAUAAAGGCAACUAUUCAAUACCUGUUGAAACUAACACUGUUCAAGCUUCAUCCAUGUCAAUAACUCUGUUGAAACUCAAAAAGACCAUAAUCUGCCAAAUCAAAAUGAUAAUACCUCUUUGGCCAAAAAAGCACAGUCAAAUUCUCAUGCAGUUAUUUGAAAAUCUUAGUGACAGAAUAUGCUUGUAUUUCUACCAAAAGUUACAGACACCCUCUCUGUUGCAAGAUGAUGUUACCAUCAUGGACUACUAUCAGAUUCACAUGUAUUCUCCUGUUAAAACUCACAACUCAAUCAAAGAAAACUCGCCCCAUGCCACCGUGUCACUGCCACUGUGCUACUUUACCACUGUUCCAUUUUUUCCAUUGCUUCACAUCCGCUUUGCCAGUGUCCACUUUACCGCUUUGCCGCUCCGUCCCUUUGGCACUGCCGCGCCGCCGCCGCCGCCGCCGCCACCACCGGAGCCGCAAGCGAAUGCGAAGAGCGCGAUGACGCCCUCAUCGGAGUCCACGGCCGGCCAGCAAGAAGAGGGCCUAUGGAGGAGGGGCGGCGGAGGCCUCACGCCCGCGGGAACAGCUGUUGCGCGCCUUUAUCGGCGUGUAACUUAUAUGACAGACUUUGUGAAUACUCAGUAUUGGGAAUUAAAAAAUGACCACUUUAUAGUAUAUGACAAUCAGAAAAAAUUUCUUAGUCAGAAAUAUGACCAAUAUAUCAUACAAGGAAGUGUACCAGCAGUACCAAUACAAUGCAAGCAUGCCCCCACCAUCUACCAUGGACAAACGCCACCAGGAUUCCGGGAAGAACUUGGCUACAUUCCACCACCCAACCGCAAGCUUCCACCUGUCCCUGGAUCCCAGUACAAUACCUGUGACCGCAUCAAGCGAGGUGGGGGGUCGGGUCGCGGCACACAUGCCACCUGGGACCAAGACGACCCAUGUACGAGGAACUCUCCCUCCAUCCCCCCCCGGACGACGUAUCCCCUUGGAGGGCCCCCACAACCCCUUGGCUCUCAGGACACACUCAGAUCAGGUGGUGAUGAUGAGAUCUGCCCUUACGCCACCUUCCACCUCCUGGGUUUCCGUGAAGAAAUGGACCCCCAACAAGCUGGCAACAACUUCCAGACUUUCCCCCACCAGAACGGCCAUGGCUCACAACAACACUUCGUCAACUCCCCUGCUUCUAGGAGCAUGCCGCGUCAUGGGUCUGGAAACUACUACAGCUGCGUUUCUGGCGACUAUACUUGUGGCCAUACCCCGAACGAAGGCCACCAGGUUGGUUUUGGCUAUUCACUUCUGCUGGUGGCACCAUAGUCACUAGCCAAAGUGUUGCCUUGCUAGUUCUGUAAUCUGUUUUUGUUUAUUGCUCUUAACCCACAGCCUGCUGCCUGGAUUGCCAUCUCACAGCAUUUUCUGGCAAGGGCAUCAGGGUUACAUUUUGCUCUGUAGUCCUUAAUGUUACAGGCUUCUGCCCUCAGUCAACUGAAGUGCUGGCUGUUACAGCCUGCGAUACUGUUGAUGUAACAUCUAUCUGUGCUUC